AUGGCAACCGCAGGCAACAUAGCCUCGCCCUUGACCCCACUGGAGUCGCCCUUAGGACCCGUCUUCAAGUUCAGUAUCUACCAUCUCAUGCAGGUUGACGAUCCUACUGAUCUGUUUCCCAGAUCCACAACCACCUUGGGCAACAAGACGAAGGGGACAGAGCGUAUCGUCACGCAACGGAAGUUGCCUCAGCUUCACAAAAUUGUCCAGCAAAAUAGCCAGAGCUCCACAAAGUCCACGGUCCCGGGGCAGCGGAGGAGAACUGCUAACCGAGGGAAGACUACGAUCCGGAACGUGGCCUACGUGGCCCGCUCCCAGAAUUCUGGACCGUUCGAGGUAACACUGGAUAUCUUGUUCUUAAGCCGUGCCGACUUUGAUCGUGCCAGGGAGUCCGAGGUUCUUACCCCAGAGCUCAUCCAGAAUAUUUACCAUCUGAAAUCCGCCGAAGAGAUCAUUGCCUGCAUGUUCUUUGAGCCAGCAUUAGCCUGGAAGUGUACAUUCAAAAGGCCAUGGCCACAGGGUAGUAUGGGAGAGCGGGACACGUUCGGGGCCCAGUUGCACGCUCCGAUGCUGGAUGUAGAGAUUCCCGCUCAUGGACAACGUUUCAAAACUUUAGUUAUUUCUUUGAUCUUCACCGGAGUAAAAAUCUGA